AUGGCGGGGCAGUUUUCACAGUGGGGCAGAUUCACUGAGCUGGGAGCGAGCAGCAAGGCCCUGGAGGCGUGGUUGAGGGCAGGCACAGAGCUAUCUGCACCUGGGGUUGCCGGCCGGUCACAGCGCAACUUCAACUUCCGACCUUCACAGUCUGGGUUACAGCACGACGACACGAAGAGUAGCUUUGCCAAGUUCUUCGCGACAAAAGAGACAUUCCAAUGCAUUGGGCAUCCCUCCAUCGUCCUCAAGUCCUCUCAGAUCAACGACAACAGCUGCGACUGUCCCGAUGGCUCUGACGAGCCAGGCACUGCUGCCUGCGCGCAUCUUGAUCCCUUGUCCCCGGAACAGCCCCUUCCCGCCUCGACAAGCGGAACGACAAACGUCACGAACGCCUUACCUGGCUUCUGGUGCGAAAACGCAGGUCAUAUAGGCGCAUAUGUACCCUUCAUCUAUGUCAAUGACGGUGUAUGCGACCACGACCUCUGCUGUGAUGGCAGCGAGGAAUACUCUCAUGCUGGUGGUGUCAAGUGCCAGAACCGCUGUGACUCCAUCGGCAAGGAGUACCGAAAGCUCGAGGAAACUCGCAAGCAGGCAAAGGAGAAGGCCGCCAAGCGCCGGAGGACCAUGACCAAGGAAGCCAGAGAACUCCGACGGCGGGUGGAGGCUAAGAUCGCAUCCCUGGAGGAGGAGGUCAAGGGUUUGCAGGCCAAGAAGGACGAGCUGGAGAAGAAGUACAAUGAAGUCGAGCGGUCGGAACGUGGAAAGGUCGUCAAGACUGAUGGAGAGGGUGGGAAGCUGGGAGUCUUGGUGGCCCUCGCGAGGGGCAGGGUCAACGAACUCCGUGAUACGCUUGAAAGGGUGCUAGACCAGCGCGAUUCCCUCCAAGAGCGGGUCCUCGAGCUGGAGGAGAUCCUCAAGAAAUUCAAGGAGGAGUACAACCCCAACUUCAACGACGAGGGUGUCAAGGCCGCUGUCAAGGGCUGGGAGGACUAUGCCGCCAAGACAGCAGACGCCAAAGAAUCCAAGCUCCAGGAGUCUGACAUAGAUGCGGUUCUGAAACCGGAUAGUGAGACCUCUGGCAUCAACUGGAAUGAAUUCGAAGGCGAGGAAACUGUCGACACCGAUAUCCUCUACAGCAUCGAGGCCUACCUGCCCGAGCCCCUGCGGGCUUAUCUCCACGGAAAGAUCAACACCCUCAGAGUCUGGUUGAUCGAAAACGGCAUCAUCGCGGACAACCCUUCCGCUGGCCACGAGUCGAAGCUGGUGAUUGCUGCGCGCGAGGCCUUCCAAGCGGUAUCUGAUGAUUUGUCCAAGAAGGAGAGGACUCUCGGCGACCAGGAGGAAGAUCUCAAGAAGAACUACGGUCCUGAUGACAUUUUCCGCGUCCUGAAGGACAAGUGUGUCGAUGUUGAUAGCGGCGAAUACACCUACGAGAUCUGCUGGCUUGAUAAGACCACUCAGAAGUCCAAGAAGGGCCACGCCAACACCAACAUGGGCAAGUUCACCCGCAUCGACAUCGAGGAGGCCGACGACGAAGAGCGUCUGGAUGGUAAGAGCCUGGGCAAGGGACCGCGCCAGGUGAUGCGCUACGAGAACGGUCAGAGCUGCUGGAACGGACCGCAGCGGCGAACGGAUGUCUGGCUAGGUUGUCACGAGACGGAGGAGAUCUGGAGGGUCAGCGAGUCCGAGAAGUGUGUGUACAAGAUGGAGGUUGGCACACCGGCUGCUUGUGAGGACGUCCAUGAGCCUGGUGUCCGGUCCAAGGACGAGUUGUAG